GCGUUGAAUGCAGUCGACCAUGAAUACCUACGGCAGGAACAGCAACUGAAUAUGCCGUAUCCCUUGUGACAGUUAGAGAUAGGGUUAGGAACGGAUACGAAGGACAGAGAAACUAAAUUCAAAUGUAUAAGCGACUUUCCGGUGGCAACACGUGUUCGGCCAGCAAAGCGUAAUAUUGUUUGGGAAGCACUAUGGAUCAGGACACUGCGGCUUUGUUCAAGAAAUUGUACGACGAAAUCGACAGGUUGUCUUACCAGUCGGUGUGUGAAAUAAAUUUCGAAAAGUCGGAAAACGUAGCGGAAACAGUGGCAACCAUUCCCAAAUCAUGUGAAAUUUUACAAGAUUGUGAUAUCGAUGAAUUGAUUGAAUACUCAAAAAAGUUUGUAGAAAAGACUAGGAAUGAAUUCGGAGAUAAUGCAAAACACUACGAAGAGCAUGCUGUUCAAUGUUCAAGAAAUAAUAAGAAACUUAACAAAAAGUUGAAUACACCCCCGAAGUGGGUGAAUAAUAGUCAGAAAGAGACCAAUCGAGCAACGGCUAUUCGAAUUAUCAAGCGAAUUCCGGAAACUACAUCGGUUGUAAAUCCGACGCCUGUGGCAAAUGUCACUAAAUAUAUGGCAGUUUCUCAAUUGAACAACCAGAAACCUGCAGCCCGAAAUCUACUAAGCAACAGAACAGUAUUGCCGAAGCGAUAACGCCGAGUUCAGCCAACGUCCCC